AAUGACAAAAAUAUCUAUUUAACAGUUGGUGAAGCUAGUGGUAAAGCUUCUAAAAGCGUUGCUGUCCAUAUUCGUGGAAAUGUCAAUGUUGAGCACAUGAGAUCUCAAACUUCAACUUUGGCUUCAGAAUUAGCCAAAGCACGGCAGGGUUUGACAGAAAGAGGGGAAGCUUUGACUCAACUUGAAGAACGCACAGGAAGAUUAAUGACUGAAGCAGAAAGUUACUCUAAUACUGCUCAUCAGUUGAUGGUUAAAUAUAAAGAUAGAAAAUGGUAUCAAUUUUAAAUUAAUUUUUCCAAAUCGGCCAGAAGAAAAAGAAGAAAGUGGGGCUAUGAGGCUCUAUUUAAAUAGAUCAGUGUUGGUGCCAGUGUUCCUUUACUCUCUGCUAUUAAGACCUAUGAUUGGGCAGACUGCACCAUUCAACUGACAAUGAACAGCUCUAGAGUUGUUUAAAAAAUUAAAGACAAAUACU